AUGGAGGAAAAAGCACACGAUGCCAACACAGAUAGGGCUGGAUAUAUCUCGUCAGCCCCUUCACUGGAGACAAAUACCGCAGGCUCUGAAGCAGCUCACGCAAAGGAUUCAACGGAAACGGGUUGGGUUGCAGGCAGGACCGAAUACCUGACAGGACUGGGCCUGCUGAGUACUAUGACCUCGCUCACCCUCGUCGGAUUUUUGAUACUUCUAGAUACCUCUAUUGUGUCUACGGCGAUUCCGAGAAUCACAACCACUUUUCACUCCCUGGCUGACGUCGGCUGGUAUGGAACCGCAUACCUUUUGUCUAACUGUGCUCUUCAACCCCUGACAGGGAAAAUGUACACUUACUUUAAUAAUAAGUGGACAUUCCUUUCCUUCUUCGCCAUUUUCGAGCUGGGCUCUAUCCUUUGUGGUGCAGCCACAUCCUCUAACAUGCUCAUUAUCGGCCGGGCAUUUGCUGGAAUGGGUGGAUCUGGCCUGCUCAAUGGAGCAUACACAAUUAUUCAUGCGAGUGUUCCACCAGAAAGACAAGCUUCUCUCACUGGAAUUCUUAUGGGCAUUUCCCAGCUCGGAUUGCUGUGUGGUCCUCUAAUUGGAGGUGCAUUGACUCAACAUGCAUCUUGGAGGUGGUGCUUCUACAUCAACCUUCCCUGCGCCGCUAUAGUAGGGCCUCUUCUGAUCUUUACGCCGCUUCCAGGUCAUGACGGUACAAAGCAUAAGGGCCAAACGCUAGUUUCUUCCCUCAAAAGGCUCGAUUUACUAGGCUUCGCCAUGUUUGCUGGAGCCGCCAUCCAAGUUCUCCUAGCUUUGAAUUGGGGUGGUAGCUCUUAUGCAUGGAAUAGUUCCACAAUUAUUGGACUCUUCUGUGGCUCUGGGGCCUUGCUGAUUGUCUUUGCAGCGUGGGAGUACUACAUGGAAGAUGGUGCUAUGAUACCCUUCUCCAUCAUGAGCCAGCGAGUUAUCUGGGCCAGCUGCAUGAAUUAUGGUUUCUUCGCCGGAUGUUUGUUGAAUUCUACAUAUUACCUGCCGAUGUAUUUUCAGGCUGUCCGAGGUGCCACUCCGACCAUGAGUGGAGUGGAUCUCCUUCCUUCCAUUUUGGGGACCAUGAUUUCAGUCAUGAUCACAGGGGUACUUGUGGGCCGAUUGGGAUACUAUCUACCCUUCGCGGUAGCCAGCGGAGCUCUCACAAUGCUGGGAACAGGGCUUCUGAUCACACUCACUCCCACCACUUCCGCGGGUCGAUGGAUAGGAUUUCUGAUCCUGCAAGGUGUUGGUCGCGGCUUUGGGCUUCAGAUUCCUCUCCUCGCAGUACAAAAUAACACGCGGAAGGAGCAAGUUUCGAUUGUGACCUCGCUUGUUGUUUUCGGGCAGAACUUUGGAGGUGCCAUUUUCUUGUCUCUCUCUCAGGUCAUCUUCAGUGCAGGCUUGAAAUCAGAGCUCAAGGCUCUCUCCCCACAGACUGGCUCAGAGACUAUUAUCGCGGCCGGCGCUGCAGGGAUUCGGAACAUUGUAUCGGCCAAAGCUUUGCCAAGUGUAUUGCUAGCCUAUAAUCAAGCCAUUGUCCAUGUUAUGUACCUUGCGGUCGCCGGCGCUGGGGGUGCCUUUCUGUUUGCAUUUGGAAUGGGAUGGACGAAUAUAAAGAGGAAAAAGGAUACAGGCACUGAAGAGAACGGAGUCUAA